AAUCCAGUGUAAGGAAAAAGUUCUGUCUUCGAUUGAGGACAAAUACUUGAUUUCGAUUUCCUUGGAAAAUCGGAUGAGAGUCGAUUACGUCUUCGAUUGAGGACAAAUACUUGAUUUCCCUUGUUUUUCCAUCACAAGAAGUAGGUAGGCAUUCAAACUCAAAAUCGUCAAUAGUCUGCACACACGUGCGGGAGCUCCUAUUUAAGCAUGUCGAAUGUAGAAGAAAAGCAAAGCAAUUGCAAGCGGAGGAGCAAUAAAAUCUGACGUCUGACGCUUCUUUCCUUGCCGUAAAAUUUCUGUGCUAGAAGAAAAUGGAUUCUCAUCCAAAGAAUGUUGGGAUUUUAGCCAUGGAGGUCUACUUUCCCACUACGUGUGUUCAACAGGAUGCCAUGGAAACUUUUGAUGGAGUAAGUAAAGGAAAAUAUACAAUUGGCCUUGGACAAGACUGCAUGACUUUCUGCACAGAUUUGGAAGAUGUGAUUUCUAUGAGCUUGACAGUUUUAACAUCUCUUUUGGAAAAAUAUGCUAUUGAUCCUAAACAAAUUGGUCGCCUAGAAGUCGGCAGUGAAACUGUUAUCGAUAAGAGCAAGUCGAUAAAGACUUGGUUGAUGUCAAUUUUUGAGAAGUGUGGCAAUACUGAAAUUGAAGGUGUGGACUCAACUAAUGCAUGCUAUGGUGGAACUGCUGCUCUAUUGAACUGUGUUAACUGGGUUGAAAGUAGUUCUUGGGAUGGGCGAUAUGGUGUUGUUGUAGCUACAGAUAGCGCAGUCUAUGCUGAGGGAUCGGCUCGGCCUACAGGAGGAGCAGCUGCUAUUGCUAUGUUGAUAGGACCCAAUUCUCCAAUGGCAUUUGAGAGCAAAUACAGGGGAACCCACAUGGGUCAUGCAUAUGACUUCUAUAAGCCCAAUCUUGCUAGCGAGUAUCCGGUUGUAGAUGGAAAGCUUUCGCAAAAUUGCUAUCUAAUGGCACUUGACUCCUGCUACAAACGACUUUGUAACAAGUUUGAAAAGGAGGAAAAAAGACAGUUUUCUCUUUUAGAUGCAGAUUAUGUUGCAUUUCACUCUCCAUACAAUAAGCUUGUGCAAAAGAGCUUUGCUCGACUAUUGUUCAAUGAUUUUUCCAGACAUGCCAGUUCUGUUGGGAGGGAUGUACAAGAGAAACUAGAACCCUAUGCUAGCUUGUCUGAAGAAGAGAGCUACAAUAGCCGUGAACUUGAAAAGGUUUCUCAGCAGGUUGCAAAGCCACUGUAUGAUGCAAAAGUCCAACCAUCAACCUUCUUACCAAAGCUGGUGGGCAACAUGUAUACGGCAUCUCUUUAUGCAGCAUUUGCCUCCAUUAUACAUAACAAGCAUAAGUCACUGGAAGGUCAAAGGGUGUUAAUGUUCUCUUAUGGAAGUGGUCUUGCUUCAACAAUGUUCUCUCUUAAAAUUCGGGAAGGUCAGCACCCUUUUACUAUUGCAAACAUUGCAAAAGUUAUGGAUCUCCAAAGCAAGCUUGAUUCCCGACAUGAGUUUUCCCCCGAAGAUUUUGUGGACAACCUGAAGCUGAUGGAGACUCGAUACGGAGCGAAGGACUUCGUUUCUCAUUCUCAACAUAAAUUUUUAAGGCCCGGGACCUUUUAUUUAACCAAAGUGGAUUUAAUGUACCGGAGAUUCUAUGCUCAAAAGUUAAUUAACACCAACGACAACUGUGAGAAGGAAAAGAUUGCGAAUGGUACUUUCCACGGUUAAUUGUAAUACAUUUAAGGCUGAGGUAGUCUUGUUGGGCUUACAUAAAAUAUAGAAGAGAUGCUGGCCAACGUUUUCCAUUGUAAAGCAUCGUUCCUGAGCCUUUCCCUCUGUCUAUUAUUUAUUUGAAAAAUAAACAUGGCAAUGCUGUUAGAAAAAAUAUUUUUGAAUAAUAUUCACCUUCCUGGUUUUAAAUUUUAAGAAUGGAAGGAGCAUUAAGAGAAAAUGCUGUAUCAAGCUUGGCCAUUGCCAAAUUACAACAGUGAGUAGUCCAUUGUAGGUUUGUAUGGGUACUCGGUUGAUCUAGUUCAAUGUAUUUUUCUUUCGGCUAUCUGUUUUCUACUUCAAUUCAAUAUAAAAAAGGCUUGACCAUUGCCCUGGUAUUUUUCUUUCAGCUAUCUGUUGUAGCUGUCGUUCUUUGUAAUUCUACUUUAAUUCAAUAUAAAAAAGGCUUGGCCAUUGCCCUGGUUAA